UGUUCCUUUGUCUUUUUGUCUCUUUUUCUUUUCCUUUAAAUUCACUACUGCCUUCGAGGAAAGGGAAAAUGAAAAAGGACAGCACCCUCCCGAAGCACAGCAAAACCACCAGAGAACACGAGCAUCACGCGCAGGCACGCACAGAGACGAUACUACCCGGAGAUGCCACGCCCCUUGCACGCCUGCCGCCACUUCCUGCUUCUCGUCGUGGCCGCCACGGCGGCAGCGGCGGUCGAGUUCAAGGGCUCAUCGAACUGCACACUGUUCCCGGACGCCGGCAUCGUCCGCGCUGCUUUCUUGCACGUCGGCAACUUCCCCUUGCCGCUACCUGGCAGCCGCGCGUGCCGCCCUGUCCGGCGGCUCCCCUUCCGGUCUCGCAACCUCACGGGCGCCGUGGACUGGGCCGCGCUGGGCAACCUGUCCAGCCUCCUCACCGUCGACCUCUCCGGUAACUCCCUCCAGGGCGGCAUCAACGACGCGUUCUGGCGGGCGCCGUCGCUCCGCGCCAUCGAUGUAUCCGGCAACCGCCUCGGCGGCGCUCUCAGGUUCCGCCCGAGCACACGUCUGGCCGCACUGAACGUGUCCGGUAACCGCUUCACCUCCGUCGAGAGCGUGGCGGGGCUCGCCAGCCUGGAAGAUCUCGACGUGUCGUGGAACGUGAUCGGCGCAGCGCCGGAGGGACUGCCGAUGCUGAUACGGGUGCGGCGGCUCGAUUUGUCCGGGAACGGGAUGAGCGGGAGGUUCCCCUACGACCUGCCGCCGCUCGACGGUCUCGUUUUCUUGAACAUAUCGUACAACAAUUUCUCGGGCGUGGUGCGCGCCGACACCGUCCGGAAGUUCGGCCGCUCCGCCUUCGUCCAAGCCGGCAACGCGUCACUAGUGGUUGAGGACAUCCCGCCGGCGCCGGCGCCGGUGCCGGUGCCGUCAACGCCGUCCAGAGGCGGAAAGAAUCACAGGCGUGUGGUCAUCAUCGCCAUAAUCGUGACGUGCGCGUUGGUGACUGCGGCCGCGCUGGUGUUCUUGGCCGGGUGCCUCGCGUGCGGCAUGAAACUUCGUCGGAAGACGAGAGCGAAUAAGAAGGAUAAGGACGGGAAGGCGGCGGUGUGGGAGGACGAGGAGGUGGCCCUUGGGGCUGCGAAGGUGGCGGCCGCCGCGCCGGUGGUGGUGCUCGAGCGGCCGCUGAUGGAGCUGACGCUGGCCGACCUGGCCGCGGCCACGUCAGGGUUCGGGCGCGAGUCGCAGCUCGUGGAGACCGGCGGCCGCAGCGGCGCCGCGUACCGGGCCGUGCUCCCUGGGGACCUGCACGUUGUCGUGCGCGUCGUGGAGGGCGCCGUGGCUGGGGUCGGGGAGGACGACGACUACGACGCCACGGCUGCCGGGUUCCGGGAGCUUGCACGGCUCAGGCACCCAAACAUUCUUCCGCUCCUUGGCUACUGCAUUGCAGGAAAACAAAAACUCUUGCUUUUCGAGUACAUGGAGAAGGGUGACCUCUAUCGGUGGCUCCACGAGCUGCCAGUGGGUAGCAUGGACACAGAGGACAUGAUCAUCGACGCGUUGGAUGCCACGGAGGCCGAUAAGAAAUCUCCGGGUGAUUGGCCUACUCGGUAUCGCAUCAUACUGGGAAUAGCUCGAGGACUCGCAUUCUUGCACCAGGGAUGGGCAGGGUCGUCAGGUCGACCCUUGGUGCAUGGCCAUCUGGUCCCGACCAACAUCCUCCUCGGCGAUGACAUGGAGCCUCGGAUCUCCGACUUCCUGCACGCCAGCAACGAGACACCGGAGAGCGACAUCUAUAGCUUCGGCACAUUGGUCUUCGAGCUCGUGACGGGCCAGGCGAGGUGGGACGACGCGUCUACAAGCUGGGCACGGGGCGUGGUCCGGAACCGCAAGGGCUUCAACAUCGUGGACGCGAUGCUGCGAGACGAGGCGGCCGGCACGGAGGCGGAGCGGGAGAUGAUGGAGUGCCUGCAGGUGGGGUUCCUCUGCACGGCGAGGUCGCCGGAGAAGAGGCCGGCCAUGCAGCAGGUGGUGGGGCUGCUCAAGGACAUCAGGUCGGCGCCCGCCGGUUAGCCGGUCGUUCGCCACAUGAUGGUGAUGCAUUGAUGAGAGCACACGCGAGAGGAUGUGGUAGCUGGAGAGUAGCAGCAUCAGGAGCAGGCUAGCAGCUAGCUUUUUGCACGGCGACUCCCAAAUCCAAAUCCAAGAAGAUUCGUGGCAGAUGUGUGGUGAUUUUUGGGCAGUAAAAUACCGCUUUUGUGCUCUGCUUUUGGAGCUCCCUUUCGUUGGGUUGAGUUGUUUUUGUCUUGUUUUCGUUGAAGGUAGGAGUACACUUUAUUGGUUGGUACAACAACUUUGUUGUGGUAGGAGGAAUGUUGGAGUGCAUGUACGUAAUUGACACAAGCUGCGUGGAGUGAGAGUUCGUUUUGAUUGCA